AUGCUUCCUGAGUUUUUCCGCCGACGCAGACUCGCGGCUGCUGAACAACUGCCUGAUAAAUUCGCUCGUGCCGCGCAAGAGAAUGCUAGGGACGAUAUAAAAGUCCUUCUUCAGCAGCUUUUCGGUGUAGGUGCAAAACACUCUGCAGCACAUAUAACUGCUAAGGGAGGAGCAGAAUACUCUGGAGAGGCAUCAACGCGUUUUUACCUUGGAUUGCCGCUGGCGAACUCGCUCGGGCAUCCUUGCCUCAGACCAUCCCCCGUUAUGCCAUUGGUGAAUCAGCAGCUGCUGUACCCGCAAAACAUGUUGGCAGCCCCAGUUGCCCCUACCUUGAAGCCUUAUGGGAGUCAUGCAGGCUGGCAUGAUAACCGAUUUGCUAGCCAGGUGGGCAAUGGGAUAGGGCCAUUUGCGCGCCAACAGGAGAAAUCCAAAUCCGCUAGUUCUGUGAGCUCUCCAGAGCAACAUAUCCCGGUUUUGCAAAUGCAGUCGUCUUCACAAAGUACGCAAAAUGCCAAAGGAGUCAGAGACGAUCCGAUUUCAACUCAACAGCUGAACACUGCAGCUCAUCCUGUGGCUACGAGCACAGUUCCGGGGGAGCAUGGUUUACUCGGCAAUGCAACAACAGCCACCACCAAAACAACACCUGUGAACGUGGAGGGGAGGAAACCUCGCAGGUUGCAGGACGGCCGUCAAUUCUUCAUCAAUGGCCCAACGGAGGACCUUGUAACCGCUGGCAGUACUCUUAAGGUGGUGGGUUCACGAAGUGAAGGUUCCGCCAAGACAAACGGAAUACUGCUAGGUCGACAUAGAAGACGCCUUGAAGGACUGGAUUUCAUUCCAGGUUGUUGGGAAGAGGAAGUACAAACACCAAUUGACUGGACAUGCGAUCCGCCUUACGCCUUAGACCGCGAGCAGUUUGUCUGCAUCAGAGUUGAGUUUACGGGUCCCAACAUAGUCUGCGAUGGGAAGCCACAGGGUGACUUCUGUGUGCACGAGGUGCAGAAGCCUCCUCAGUGGUAUUGUCCACUUGAUCCACCACCGUCAAGCAAGGAAAAGAAAGAUAAACAUGCAAAAGAUCAGUUACAGAAGAAGGGGAGGGAGAAGGAGGAGCCUAAAUCCCCAUCCAAAGAAAAGCCAAAGGAGUCGUGA